CAUUGUUCCAAUGAUCUACCUGCUGCUGAACUUUGCAAUUUCUUUUGGACACCAUGCAUUUGAAGUGUCUGUCCAGACAGACAACUAUCUUCCGGUCAUCGGUGAAGAUUUCACUCUGGUCUGUACCUUCACACCUGAAACCAGAUAUCGGCGGAUUGUUUGGACGAAGAUUAGCAAUAUCCAGGUGGCAAGUCAAUCAUGUUCACCAUAUCCAUUCGCAACUUAUCUUGACCCAGAGAAAUUCAGCUUGGCCGCUGAUACGUCAAGUGGAAAUUUAACAGUAUAUAACCUUGACGAAAAUGAUAACGACAUUUAUACUUGCUCAUUAAGCAGCACAAACGGGGCUUGGAAACCAGGAUUCAAUAGCAUGCAGGUAACGCCACUACAACCGACUGCACCCUUCAGGAUUCGUGUCAUAGACGAGAGCUCGAAUCGUCCUUACUUUCACAACACGACUAUUACAAUAAUGGCUGGACAUCAAGUUAAUAUCAUAUGUGAAGCAUACUUUGCGAGGCCUCCUGCAGUACUACAGUGGCAUAUGCCCUACGAUGUAAUAGCUUUAUCUGGUGAUCAGUUUGAUGCCAUUCGAGACGACCUAUAUAUCUCCCAAAAAGUUCUAACAAUCAAAGCCUCUAAGAAUGACCGAGGAAGGAUAUUGAGUGCACUGCAUUGCAUCCACUGCUUCAAAACAAUCUCCAAAUAUCGGUUCAUUUGAAUGUUCAUGUUCUACCAUCUAGUAUGCUGCUCUUUGUUCCUCACGCUGAAGGCCACCAAGAACAUGGAACUCCGUCAAGAAGUCUAUACAUUAAAGAAGAUUCAAUCACUUCAGUCACUUGUAAAGCGAUUGGAUCAUUCCCAGCGACUGAAUUAAAAUGGCAUUUUCCCGAUGGCAACAUUAGCAUGCUGAACAACACAGAGACUAGAAGUUUCGUUUCAGAUGAUAAUUUAGCUUACACUGAGAGUUCCAUCAAAAUACGGCCAGAGAAGAAGGACCAUGGACAGUACAUUCACUGCAACGCAUAUAUGGUUGGCAAGUUUGUUGACCGAGCAGUAGCCAGAUUGAUAGUGUACGCCAUACCAGAUGAUGUUAAACUGACCGUCCCAGAGAGCCUUCAAGACGGUUUACAAACCGACAUAUCCUGCACAGCUCGCAAUGGGUAUCCUGCUCCUCUCAUUCACUGGUAUAUCGGAUCAAGGAACGUCACAGGCAAUUCAACCCAGAGGACAUCCAUCAACAACGUUGAUCGAUAUGAUGCCGAAAGCACUCUAAUCGUUGAACUCAAUAGGUUUGACCAUGGGAAACAUCUUCUAUGUCAGGCAUUUCAACCUGAUACGCCCUUGGAAUCGUCAAUAAAUGCAAGCAUGAUUUUGAACAUAUCCUGUAUCCCACAUCAACAGUCUUGGAUCAUCGUUGACGAAAACGAGUCGACAUCUUCAACUCUCUUCGUUGACUGCCAACCAAUAUUUAAAACCAGGUUAUGAUUUUAAAUCCUAGAAU